UAUUUCGUUUUGGAUAAAUGCGGCGCCGACCGUUUGAACGAAAGAAAUAGACAUUAGAGCAAUCCACCUUCCUUUAAUCUUAUCCGAUGGACUGGUAAUCGAGAUUCUCCAAUUCCACGAAUAGCACGCGCAGCGUAUAUACCGACUACCCCGUCCGCUGUAACCCAACCCUCCGCUCCGGCAUUCGGCGUCCUCCGCACCCCGUAUCCGGUCCCUGCGCUGCAAAAACACCGCCUAUCCCACCCUCUCCUCCAACCGCUUCUCCCGACGAAUCCCCGGCCGAAGAUUCGUGUCCCAUAGUCUGCAUGUCUGAAAAUUUGCACAAAGUUUGGGACUUUGAUGCUGACAUUGGUGAACAGGAGGGUGAGAUCGGGACUUUCGUACUAAUUGGAAGUGAGAAGUCCAUUCCAUAGUCCUACGUGACUUGUCAUUCAGACUGUACUCGGUGAUAUUAGAUGGAUAGUCCAACAGUAGACACUUUCUCUUAGCUUAUAUGGGGUGUUGUUUGGGAGGACUAGCCAAAAGUGAAUCAACGGACAGAUCAUUGAACGCCCACCAAGAUUGGAACAUAGGCCACUUAUCAAUCUGUAGAGAAAGGCCAUGGUUAUCUACUCCAGACAAAAUGGAAAGCAAUAACAGCAAUUUUCACACCCCUGAAACAUACCUGUCUUCAGGUGCCCCUUCUGUUGGCGAAGAAAACAAGUUUUUGCAGGAAAAUGGAAAUGACUCUUCAUUUAUCAACCAAGCUGCUAUAGCUUGGAAUGAGAUGAGAAGAGAAUGGGUUGGUGAUCGGUCAAAUGGAUCCCAUAGAAGAUCAAGAGAACCUAUAAUAAGCUGGUGCACUACAUAUGAUGACUUACUGUCAGUUGGUCAACCUUUUCCUCAGCCAAUCCCAUUAUCUGAAAUGGUAGACUUUUUGGUAGAUAUCUGGUAUGAAGAAGGGCUUUAUGAUUAGAAGAGGAAUAUCUACCCAGCAGUUUGAUGGUUGCAGUUGCGAUUCUUUAUAGGCCUAUCAACACCAGCAGGCAGCUCUUGUUCGCGUUAUCAGAAGGAGUUACCUUUAAUUUGGGUGGCUAUACAAAAUAAGUAUUAGAUAUCCUCUUAACAGUGAAGGAAAGCACCAUUAGAUACAUUCCAUUACUUUGUCUCAUUGAAUUAUGGUACAAGGACCUUGUUCAGUAUUGCUUGUAAGUGUUCACUUGGAAAAGUCUGGUUAGCCUGCUAUAUGAGCUGAAUGAAUUCUGUAAAUUUUAUGAGUAACAUAUUAUUAGUAUUGUAGACAAAGCUCUUGAAUGGAAUCAAAGCAUAUUUCGGGGGCCCAGAAUUCCUCUACCAUUGAAAA